CUACCACUUGCUGAUUUAUCAUACUCGCAAGUGGGUUGCGAGUCACAAGUUUGAACAGCGCCUUACCAUUCCCUUGACCCGAAUGUUCGGGGCGUUCCUUCUUGAUUUUAAAGAGCUCCGCGUCCUAUCCACGCCACUCCAUCACUAAGGAUUACACGGGGCAUGAUCAACAACCGCCAUGCAGAACAACCAAAAAGAACAUCUCUACAAAGUCUUAGUAAUUGGUGACUUGGGAGUGGGUAAAACAAGCAUCAUCAAACGUUAUGUUCACCAAAACUUCUCUCCGAAUUACAGAGCGACAAUCGGAGUGGACUUCGCUUUGAAAGUUUUGAACUGGGAUACAGAAACUAUCCGGCUUCAGUUGUGGGACAUAGCAGGUCAGGAGCGAUUUGGGAACAUGACCCGGGUCUAUUACAGGGAGGCUAUGGGAGCCUUCAUCGUCUUUGAUGUCACCAGGCCAUCCACGUUUGAAGCGGUCACAAAAUGGAAGGAAGACUUGGACUCCAAAUUGACUCUUUCAAAUGGCAAGAACAUCGCCGCAGUAUUGUUGGCCAACAAAUGUGACCAGGGCAGAGAUGUUUUGACGAACAACGGCAUCAAAAUGGACCAGUUCUGCAAGGAGAAUGGAUUUGUGGGCUGGUUCGAGACCUCUGCCAAGGAGAACAUCAACAUUGAUGAAGCGGCCAAUUGCUUGGUGAAGCAUGUUAUCACCAAUGAGAAUGACAUCCUCCAGUCGGAAGUACCCGACACGAUUUCACCAGAGCUCAACUCAACAAGAAACGGAACCUGCUCCGCCUGCUUUAGAUCAUAGAUUUCUCUGGCAAAACCAAGGCAAGGGGCAAGGAGGUGUGCUGUGUGUGAUUCAGGUGCCUGAGAACAAGGCAUAAGCUACACCCACUUCUGUCUGAUACCUUCACAUUACAAUCAGUGGUCAACAAGCAGAACUGAAUGACAAAACACACAAAUACAUGUUUGAGUGUGUGUGUGUGUGGGGGGGGGUGUCCUCCUCCCGGCAGUUCAUUUUUGUCCCCUACUGCAAAGCAAUGCUUGCACACAUUGUUUUAUACUCCACCUUUUCCCUCUUAUCCAUCAUUAACGCUACAUCCAUAAUGUUCCCAAACAGCAGACUUAAAAUGAUGUUGCAGGAACCUCUAACUGGUUUCUCCUGUGCGGUUGUCAUUUCGCUAACUGUCCAUUGCUGGUGCUUCAACUAUAAGCUGCAGUCGCCACAACUUCACCUGGAUUUUUGAAGCAAGGUUAACCAGGUGUUUUGUUCCUGCAUAAUAGGCCUAUAUACACACACAGAGGUUUGAUACUUUCCCACUUGAUAUGGUUUUAUGCUUAGAUUACUUUAUAUGACACUACUGAACAGUUACCUAUAAUGUGUGAAUGUGAAAAAUGUAAAUUAAUUGUAAAUUGACUGACCGUAUAUUUAUCACUUGUGAUGCAAGCACAUAUAGGAAACUAAAGAAGAACUAAAAAAUGAGGCUUAGACCAUUUUUUAUCUGCUUUAAUGAAAAUGAAAACAAAAACAAGUGUGUUCUCUGUGGCUACUUUUAUUCAUUCGUUUAAAAAGUGCAAUGCUUUUCUUGUGGGCAGCUCAAGAAUGUUGAAUACUAAACUUAAAAAAACAUUGUUAAAUCUUUUGUACUAGAUGAAGCACCCCAGAAAAGACCAUUUUAGAAAGCAAAGGUUGAACAAUUACGUGUCCUUGCUCAUUUACAACUGACAGUUAGCUGCUGUCUCUAAUUUAUUUUUGUACUUAUUUUUGUUGUCUAAGGUCAUCUUUAAGUGACAUGCCAGUUUAUGGCUUGUCGCUUUGUUAUGCAGCUCCGUGAUGUCUCCGUAUCCAUGGAUACUGACUAAUGAAUUCGCCAGUGUCUAGUGACCGCUUGUGUAUUCAUAAACCUCUGGGAGUUGUCAACGUUCUCCCGUACUGAGGUAAACUGUGUGGAGAAAUCACUUGGUGGGGUUAUGCCUGGAGCGCAGAUCAAACAUACGCCAUAUUCCUUAAUCGAGACGGUAACAGAGUAUGCUUGUGUUUUUGACGCUCACCUCAACCAAGCACCAGUCAUAUUUCAUAUCAUCCUGAGGGACUGGGCCUCUGCAAGUGCGUACUGUAUGUCUGUGUGUAUUAGAUUGUAUCAUAUCCAUUAAUAUUUCAUAGUCUGAGAUUCAUUUUCUGAGAAAUUUACUGUAUAUGCAGAGUGGAAAAGAUCCCUUGGUGGUGCAUUGUUAACGGAUAAAUUGCGCAGAGCAAGAAAGCGUAGGCCCUAUAUAAUUAGUAGUGGUGCCUUUCAGAUGGGAGCUUUGCCACAUGGUUAAUGAUGCGAGUUCUCUUGUCGCCUGCAGCUCAGUGCAGAGGUAUUUGUCCAGUCUGUGAGAAGAACAGCAGGCCCAGCUCUGACAGAACCCAGUUUAGGAAGCUGUGAUUCUAGCUGAGAUCUCCAGGCUGUUGACCCAGAAUGGUAAUCACUUCUGAAUCUCUUGCCACACUGGUUUUUCAAAUCAUCUAUGACUCAGUCUUUCAAGUGUCUCAGUUGACACUUCCUUGUACAAAUGCCUUUUCGCAGCUAAACCCAAUUGCAUCAUAAACAUUUGAUGCUGCAUGCAUGCUUAUGGAUGAAGUCAAUGAUCCUUUGUUUGGUGUAAUAUUAUACAUAACUAUGCUUCUUUUUUUAAGACACAUUUUUAGCCCCUUGUUGUGACAAUUUGUCAUUUGAAUAUAGUCGAAAUGAAAUUUUGAGUGAUUAUGUUAAGAUGUGGUUAUUACACUGGAUUCCUCACUGUUUCAAUGUAUCCUGUUGCUUGACACCAGUACCAGUAUCACAUACAAUCUCAUCAGAAAGCUGUACCAGCCUUUUAAUUUAUCCAAGAAAUGUUCUGCAUAAUUUUCAUGUGUUCCAGCUGUUGUUGUGUCAUGAAUUAAUAACAUGUACAUAUAUAUAGCCAAUAUGUAAUUUCCAGUUUAUUUACAGAGAGGGCACAAUAAACAGAAUCUUGCUAGUUA